AUUAUAUAAAAAGUCAAUCCAAAACCGCACAAAAAAGGAGGCUUUUGGGACGUAAUUUCAAAUCUGAAGCACAAGGCUUUUGAAAGCCGAACAAACAAACCCCAAACGAAGAGAACCAAAAAAACAAAAAAAAAAACCUAAACCACACACAAAACGCAGUGGUUGCUUUUGCUUUGCCGAGCGGCAGCUUGUUGCAGAUUCUUCCCUCCCAGCGCUCUUCUGUAAAACGAUGGAUAAGUUCCAGAGGGUGGAGAAGCCCAAGGCCGAGGCUGCGCCUAUAAAUGAGAAUGAGAUUCGCAUAACCGCUCAAGGCAGAAUGAGGAACUAUAUUACUUACGCCACCACUCUCCUUCAGGAGAAAGGGUCUGAUGAAAUUAUUCUCAAGGCAAUGGGCAGAGCUAUCAAUAAAACUGUGAUGAUUGCUGAACUAAUAAAGAGAAGGAUUGUUGGUCUCCAUCAGAAUACUUCAAUUGGAUCAACUGAUAUUACCGACGUGUAUGAGCCCCUGGAAGAAGGCCUGGAUCGUGUAGAGAGUACUCGGCAUGUUUCAAUGAUCACUAUUACUUUGUCGAAGACGGAGCUUCAUACAUCCUCUACAGGAUACCAACCCCCUCUUCCGGCUGACCAAGUGAAGCCAUUGAAUGAUUUUGAGGAUAAUGGAGAGGGUUCGCCUAGAUUCCGAGGCAGGGGUCGUGGUGGCCGAGGACAAGCUAGGGAUAGAGGAAACUACAAUGGGGUUGGGGAUUAUAAUGGAGAUGGUUGGGAUGGUGGGCGUGGUUAUGGUGGCAGAGGUAGAGGCCGUGGAAGAGGUGGUUCUUUUAGGGGACGAGGAAGAGGCUAUGGUCAGUCGGGUGGAUACUAUGACUAUGUUGAAGGUGCACCUGCCCAAGGUCGCGGUCUUGCAGGGCGCGGUCGAGGCAGUCUGAGACCAUUAUGCAUACCUUGCUCUAUGCAUGUCUAUCAUAACCGUGAAGGCCAAGAUGAAGAAGAAGAUUGUGAUAGUACUACUUGCGUUGAUGCCAAGUUCAAUAACAUCGAAUUUCCCCCACCUUGGAGUAAGGUCAAGUCUAGCAACAUGGAAUGA